UCUUACUAAUAGAAGGCUCUGUUGAUAAACACUGAGUUCAUUAGCUCCGGUAAUUUGAACAAAAUGGAAGACCACCGUUUUACCAUCGAGGAACAACCACCAAGAUCACAAUUUGAAUCGUCUUUAUUUUUCAAAUACAUCCAACCAUGUAUUGCCGAGAUGUUUGGCACUAUACUCAUAGUCUAUAUUGAUAUAUGUCUUGGAAAGUACAGUGCUUUUGUACAUGGUUACUUGAUAUUUGCGUUAAUCGCUGCAACUUCUUCUGUCAGCGGUGGUUGUUUUAAUCCAGUAGUAACUCUGGCGCUAACAAUCUUUCGUGGUAUACAACCAGUACUUGCACUGUUGUUUAUUAUAUCUCAAAUUUUGGGAGGAAUAAUUGGCGCAGCUUUAGCUCGAGCAGCGAUGAGCUCUAAAGACUACAAAGAAAACUUAGGGGGUGUUCGUACCCUAGGGGGUGUUCGUGCUCUAGACCCUUAUAGUACCCUACACCCUUAUCGUACCCAAGGGACUGAUAUCAAUCCAGGUCAAGGCAUUUUGGCUGAAGCCUUAGCGACCUCCAUUUUGGUACUCGUAGUGUUGAUGGUUUUAUUAGAUGAGAGAAACAAGAGUAAACUCGCUCCUCUCGCCAUUGGUUUGUCAGUUGUAGGCGGAAUUGCAGCAAAUCUUCAGAUUACAGGAGGUUCCAUGAAUCCUGUGCGAAGUUUUGGUGCAGCAGUUGUGAAAAAUUCUUGGAAACAUCAUUAUGUCUACUGGGUUGGUCCGUUUCUUGGUGGCAUGUUAUCAACUUUGAUGUAUGGUUUUGUCUUGGCUUCACCAAACCAACUAUGGCUAGUUUGUUAGAGCACUGUAUGGAUACAGGACUCGCAUUGUAAAUGUCUUUUAAUGGAUUUAAACCUUCGAGGCUGGAGUAGUUUAGAAAUAUAUACUCGGGAGCUUGAAAAUUUUUCGAAUUUUUCUUUUCGUGAGAUUUAAUGUGUUAAUGAAAACAUAGGUCCAUAACGACGCUCACUUUGUCUUUAGCAUAUUGUUAUGUAGUAGUUGAAGAUUUUCGUCAGGAUGUAAGCAAGAUAAAAGAAUAUGUAUGAAUCGGAUA